CCAGACCUUAAGUCAGAAGUAGCAUACAACUGCUACAUACAGGACUAGAAAACAAACAACUGCGAAACCGCAUCAAACGGGUAACGCAACAGAAGAAGGUACCAAGAGAAAUUUUUAAAGAGGACGAAUAGCGAAGUAUCUGUUCUAAAAAAAAACAAACAUUUUCAUUUGUUGAAGAAGCGCGAAGAUGUUGAUGCUAUCAUUUGCCGUUAUCUUCUUCGGAAGCGUCAGCGUGGUGUUUUCUUCCUGCCCUUCGGAAUGCGUGUGUCCACGGGAGGUGCCCAGGUGCGCCCCCGGGGUGAGCCUUGUCCUCGAUGGAUGUGGGUGCUGCAAGGUAUGCGCGAGACAGCUAAAUGAAGACUGCGGAAAGACGGAGCCAUGCGACCAUACCAAGGGACUCGAAUGCAAUUUCGGGGCUAGCUUCGGCGCUACCAGAGGCAUCUGUCGAGCCAAGUCAGAGGGCCGUCCCUGUGAAUACAACAGCAAGAUUUACCAGAAUGGGGAAAGCUUCCAGCCAAACUGCAAGCACCAAUGCACAUGCAUUGAUGGAGCUGUAGGGUGCAUUCCCCUGUGCCCACAGGAGCUCUCCCUGCCCAACCUGGGGUGUGCCAAUCCCAGACUCGUGAAAGUGGCGGGUCAGUGCUGUGAAGAAUGGGUCUGUGACGAUGGCAAGGAGAUGGAGUCAACUGACAAACUUUUCAGCAAAGAAAGUGGGACGGAUGAGUCAGAGAAUGACCUCACCAACAGAAAUGAGCUCAUCGCCCUGGUCAAAGGAGGACUCAAGUCCCUACCUGCUUUCAGAGUCCAGCCUGAGAGUCACAUGUUUGAGAGCCAGAAAUGUGUUGUCCAAACUACUGCUUGGUCCCAAUGCUCCAAAACCUGUGGGACAGGCAUCUCCACCAGAGUCACAAACAACAACAGUGAAUGCAAACUGGUCAAGGAGACCCGCAUAUGUGAGGUCCGACCAUGCAGCCAGUCACCCUACACCAGUUUAAAGAAGGGAAAGAAAUGUAGCAGAACAAAGAAAUCCAGCCAGGUAGUCAAGUUCACCUAUGCAGGUUGCUCCAGUGUGAAGAAGUACCGACCCAAGUACUGCGGUUCCUGCGUGGAUGGCCGGUGCUGCAGCCCCCAGCAGACCAGAACAGUUCGUGUCAAGUUCCGCUGCGAGGAUGGCGAGACCUUCAACAAGAAUGUCAUGAUGAUUGAGUCCUGCAAGUGCAACUUCAACUGUCCCCAUGCCAACGAGUCCUCCUACCCUUUCUACAGACUCUUCAACGACAUCCACAAGUUCAGAGACUAAGCCAAGCAGGAGAAGCAAUGAUGACAGAAAAGUCCAUUAAAAUAGAGGGGCCUAUUUAACAUAUAUUUGACAACCAUCUCCUUUUGAAACUAAAUUCCCAAGGAAUUAUGGACUUACAUCGUGAGGACGAAAUGAAGUGCACUGUAUAGCUGGAAACCUUGUCAGCAGUUUUAACAGACUUUUUCUAAAGAAUCGCUUCAUAAUAUUGGAGCAUCAUUGGUAGCUUCGUUCUGGAGCAAUAUGUAAUUAAUUUUGUAAAAUGUAGUUUAUAAUAUUGAUGUCUCUUGUGUAUAUUUUGAUUUACAAAUACAAGACAUGACCCAAACUGUAGACUUGUGUAUGUGU